GAUGGAUAUCAAUUCUCGAAACUGUGAAGUAAAGAACAACAUGCCAUCACAAUUUGGGAAAUCAACAAAGAUAGACUCAUGGAGAUGCAACAUAAACUUUCAGAGACACCCAAACUAAAUGUUGCAGCCGGCCGGACCACCUGCUCCAUUUUCAAAAUCCCACAAACCCUAAUCGACAUCAACGGUAAAUCAUACGAACCACACAUCGUCUCCGUUGGACCCUUCCACCAUGGCCAGCCGCACCUCGAGAUGGUCGAGGAGCACAAGUGGAGGUUACUCCGUCAGUUACUUAACCGAACACAAACUAAAGGGAUGGUCCUGGAAGACUUCUUGAGGGCUGUGCAACCGCUAGAGGCCACGGCCCGAGAGUCUUACUCAGUGACCAUCCCUUAUAACACAGACGAGUUCAUCGAGAUGAUGGUGCUCGAUGGUUGUUUUAUAAUUGAGCUUUUUAGAAUGCUUGGUGGAUUGGUGGAGGUUGAUGAGUACGAUCCACUAGUAAGCAUGACGUGGAUCGUACCCUUUUUCUUUCGGGAUCUGAUUAGGUCAGAGAAUCAGAUCCCCUUUUUUGUUCUCGAAUGUCUAUUUGAGUUGACAAAAACGCCAAAAAGCCCAACGCUAGCUACGCUAGCGUUGGGCUUUUUUAACCGCACUUUACAAAGACCUGAUAACGUUUUGGAGAAAUGCUCCAACGUUAAAGCCAAACACUUGCUCGACCUUCUUCGAUCGAGUUUCAUUCCAUUGGAACUCGAACAUUGCACCGAACCCGGCAACCUCCCACCACCGCAUAUAAUUCACAACAUCUCAAAGCUCAAGCGAUCGGGAAUCAAACUAAAACCAUGGGAAGCCGAAAGCUUCCUCAUGGUUAAGUUCAAACACGGUGUAAUACACAUGCCCACGAUAACAAUCGACGACUUCAUGUGUACGUUUUUAUUAAACGCGGUCGCGUUUGAACAAUGUCACAGUGGAUGCUCUAAAAUCUUUACUACAUACGUGACAUUGCUUGAUUCUUUAGUAAACACAUCUAAAGACGUUGGACUAUUAUGUGACCAAAAUAUUAUUGAGAAUUAUUUAGGUACUGAUGCUGAAGUUGCAACUUUUUUCAACAAUAUGGGAAAGGAUAUUUCUUUUGAUAUAGAUGAGUGUUACUUGGCUCGGUUAUUCGAUGAUGUGAACCGGCAUUAUCAUAGCGGGUGGCAUACGCAAUGGGCGGGUUUAAAAUACACGUAUUUUAGCACACCAUGGUCGUUUGUAUCGGUGAUGGCAGCUUCCGUUUUGUUAGUUUUUACCGUUGUGCAGACGAUUUACACCAUCCUCGGCUACACCCGUCCUCGUUGA